AUGAUUGUCAACGAACAACUUCCUUCCUAUGAGGAAAUGCAGCAGGCCUGCCGAGAUCUGUUCAAUGGUCCGAGUUCUAUGGAAACACAGCCUGACCUAGAUCCCGUGCAUAUCAUGGAAGAAGGAGUCGCUGUGUUACCAGAUGGUCGACAAGUGGAAUGGUGGCCUAUAGAAGGGGAAUUCGAUGUACCUAAUUUAGAUGAAGUUUCUUUGCAAGAAUAUCUGUUGGAUGCGAGCAAGCUUUUGCAUACCAACUUUGUCCUGCCUCAAAAAGGCCUUGCCAUUUGUUAUACAUGUCCCGUGUAUUUUGGCAAUGCAGACAGCAAGGAGACAGUGUUGGAUACCAUUUGUAACAGCAUUCAUCCCAAAAUCUACGAGCAAUGGGGAACCUUUAGCUGUCAUUGUGGAUUAGUGCCUAGACUCAAGCUGAGUCAAACACCAAGAAAUCCAAACAAAGUGUUCCUAAGCUGUCCUAAGACCAGAAAAGCCAGGUGUAAUUACUUUCAGUGGAUUCACCAAGCACCUAAACCUGUGAAGGUCCCUAAAGCUUUUACACCCUCAGCUCUCAAGAAACGAAUGCAUGAGAUGGUACAAGAAAGAUUACAGAAACGACCAAAAGUAGAGGCAGGAGGAUUUAAAUUUCCCUAAAAACACUUUGUUCUUGUUGUUGUAAAAAGUUUGUUGUUUAAAAUUAAACAAUGUGAUCUCAGUCGAGCGUGUGUUUAUUUGUCUAAUACCCUUGAGGAUUCUUGCCCGAUCUUGCCCAAUACCCUAGGGACCUUAGGAGUCUUAUAAAAUUGGGGCAAACUCUGCUACCAUGGCUUGUGAAAUGAGUAGAGAAGAAGAUCUUGAAAUGAUGAACGUAGAUUUUGUCGGUCCUGACGGUCCUUUAAACACUCAAUUUUUGCUUUCUAUUUUUGACGAAAAGAAACUCUGCCCAAGAUUUUAUGGAAAAGAAUUGGACAAACUGAAAGUGUAUGAUGCCUUAAAGAAAGACAUGCAUGCAGAAGUAAAAUCAAAUGGGGAGAAUUGAAAUGUCAUUGCUCACGAAUUCCUAUCCUUCGUCUUAGUAAGACCGCCAGAAACCUGAACAAAGUCUUUUUAACCUGUGGAACACCCGCUUUAGCUGAGACUCGCUGCAAAUAUUUUCAGUGGAUUCACACACCACUGUUUAUCGAUAAGAGACCCAUCCAUAAACUCAAGUAUGCGACAAACCUGAGCAGAGCAGAAUGGAAGCAACAAGCGGAAGCGAAUGUUGAACCGUGGAAACAGCGCAAUGGUUGGUACAGCAAACAAGAUGCCGAAACUCAAACAGAGCAGAAACAACAACCUUCAUGGAUUGCCGAAGCAGCCAAAAAGUUUGCUGAAUCAGCCAAAAAGCAAGGAGAACAAAGAAAACUGCAAACAAAAAAUCCUUGGAGGAGCAACCCUCUGCCAAACACCUUUGAGUCAAGUCCCGAGAUAGAGAAGGAACUGAAAAAACAAAAGCAGUGGAAGGAGGUUGUUAGUAUUGCUAACCAUCGGUUUAAUUCUCGUGUGAAAGGAUGGUCUCAUCUCCCUCCCGCUGAUGCAAAUGUAGCUGAGUAUCUAACAAAACAAAAAAGCAAAGGUCAUUCUCUCUCACCUGCGGAUGAAAAGUUCUUAAAUGCCUGCAUAGCAAGCAAACAGGAUGAGUGGAAACCUCCCCCCGGAGCUGAAAAGUAUGAAAAGAACGAAGUAGCCAUCGCCAAAGCGGUGUAUGAAGACUGGUCUUUUGGUUAUUUGCCUGAAAAAGUCUGCAGUUUGAUUGAUUCUAUUGUCGCAACAAAAAGCAGAAGGGAUUGUCUUUAACACCCGUGGAGGAACGUUUUUUUGCUCAAUUAGUGAAUGUAUGUAUCCCGGAAGAAACAGACAAGGAAAAACAAGAAAGAGAAAAGAGAUUUUUUCAAGAAUGUGAUGCAAACAAUGCUGAGAGAAGAAAAUGUGGAUUGCCUCCUUAUUCCUAUGAAACCUUUAUAACCUUUGGUACUGGUAUUUUUUGAGUUUCUCUUUAAAAAAUGUGUAGCAUAAAAACAAGCAAUUUUUAAAUAAAAGUGUUGAAAGAAAUGUUAUGUGGUUGUUUUCUGGUUAGGGUUAAACCCUAGCCUCUUGGGAUUAGGGUUAGGGUUAGGGUUAGAGUUAGGGUUAGGGUUAGGGUUAAACCCUAGCCCCUUGCGAUUAGGGUUAGGGUUAAAAUGUUAAUUAGCUUAGGGUUAAAUCCUUGCCCUUGAGAAUUAAACAUGUUCAAACAGGGGGAAUGAAAUGUGUUCUAAAAAUAGAAUAUAAAGACGUAUAAAAAUCGAUCAUUUGUUUUGAAAAGUAUUCAUUCAGUCAUGGGAAACCUUCAGUAUAGAAGUACGGUGUGGAUUUGUCGUCGCUUGUUAAACGACCUAUGCUCUGAAGACACUUGUCCUCCUAUCCCAAUGUUUCAAUGGAUGAUAAAUCAUAACCAUACAACCUGGGGACAUUAUGCAGUGUACAUCACUUGGCUGCAUCGACACCAUCCAUCCGAAGGAAUCAAGGUGUUUGACUAUUUAAAGAAACAUCAUGCCAACAACAUGUAUUCAUUUUGGUAUUUAGCAAGUCGCCCUUUAGUGUACUAUGUCAACGAAAUUAUCCGCUUCGUAUGUCGAUCCUACCGAGCCUGGAUCAUUGGGAGGUGUUGCCAAAUUUGCCAAAGCACACAAGAUUCCCGUGUCCAAAGCCAAGAAGGAACUGCAACAAGUACUGAGUUACACUCUGCAUAAACCAAGACGUCGGCGGUUUAAAAUAUUACCCACCCUGGUGUUUAACAUCAACGAACAAUUUGUGAUGGACUUGGUAGACAUGCAAAAACCAGCCAAAUACAGCAAAGGGUACAAAUAUUUACUGACGGUGAUUGAUGUGCUCUCAAAAUUUGCCUGGGUAGAGCCGUUAAAGAGUAAAAGCGCAACAGCGAUGGUAGAAGCCUUACAAAGACUAUGGGCAAGAUUAGGAGAUCGUUUACCUCAAAAAGUACAGACGGAUUCUGGCGGUGAAUUUUAUAAUGUUAAAGUGCAAUCCUUUUUUAAAAAACAGGGUGUGAAUCAUUUUUCUACGCAUGGAGAUCCUCACGGUUCCGUAGUGGAACGUUGGAAUCGAACUUUGAAAACGAACAUGUUUCGCUAUUUUACUGCGCAUAAUACGCUCAAGUAUAUUGAUGUGUUGCCUGCUUUAGUGAAACCAGAUAAUCAUUCCUAUCAUCGUAGUAUUCAAGAAAAACCUGUCAAUCUCAACGAGUCCAACGAAACGGAAAUUUGGUAUCGUUUAUAUGAUACGCAAAAAGACAACAAAGUGAAAAAAACCGCAAUGUCAAGUAGGUGAUAAAGUAAGACUCAAUAAACAAUUUCGUCCUUUUAAAAAAGGGUAUUUGCCUGGGUGGACCGAAGAAGUGUUUUUAGUGAAACAAAUCUAUAUGACAAAACCAGUGGUAACGUAUAAACUCACGGAAUGGGACGGGUCUCCUAUAAAAGGAACGUUUUAUGAACCAGAUCUGCAAAAGGUCAAUGUCGCAGACGAUUAAUUAUUUCGUAUUGAUCAAGUUUUAAAACGCAAAGGAAAACAAGUCUUUGUGUCUUGGAAGGGUUGGCCGAAAAAAUGUAACUCUUGGGUGUGGAAAAAAGAUUUGCAAGUGUUAUGAAGAGUUUUCGAUGAACCUUGAUCAGCGAUCUCACAGACGAACAUCCCCAAAACCAAAAUAAUAAUUUUAAAGUGCGUUUACCGGUGCGACUCAAUUUAGAAGGCAAUACCUGGCAAUCCAAUUGGUGGAGUGUCUCGGUCCCUGAUGUAGGACAUAGUUCUGCGGUCAUUCACAGUAAUAGUGACACCAAGAUACUCAACUAUCGCUACACCUUGACCAAGCGUCAUGCUGUGGCCAGUGUUUGGUUUAUUAACUUUGAGCGCAAAGACAAAACUGUGACUUUGAAAGAUGUCAUGGGUAGUUCGUAUCCUGUCUUUUCAGGUCAUCAAUUAUGGCAGAAUAUUAUGACCCAUAUGGAACAAACCAUCAUGGAAGAUGUAAAGUCAACCUUCGACACUUGGAAAACAACCAAAGGUAAUACAGGCACUGUUUCCCUGAAAUCUACUUGGAAACCCACCUUUCAAUGGAACGAAAACACCCUCGUGUUGAAAAAAGUAUCCCAUGAAGAUGCGUUUGCUCGUGACAGACAGCUAAAAAUUCACCUCCUUUCCUCUGUAGGGAUACAUGUGGAUUUUGCGGAAAAGUUUGGUUUAUUGUUCAAAGACAAAAACAACCAAUACCAAUUAGGACCCAAUUUAGACUUUGUCUUACCCACAACCACUUAUACGACAUCCACUCCACCCGUCAAAAGCAAUGAUAAGUAUCAAUGGCUAGGAGAGCAUUUUGUGAGCAUUAGUCCAUCAGAUUUAUUAGGAGGAAACUCGUUAUUCAAAGUCAAACAAGAGAAUGGUCAAUCGUAUCUGUAUCUCACGCGUACUGUGGAUUGGCAUUUUCAAAAUCUGAAUGUCCUGUUUAAUACGCAUGUGGGAACCGUAAAACAAACGGUCAUGAUUUAUUGCGAUGCUGCAGAAUCCACUAUUGUAGGAUCACAACGACAUUCGCUGUUAAGAAAAGUGGAAUUAGAAAGAAAAGGAGAAGGGAGAGCGACCAUAGAACCUUACCAUCGUGAAUGGAUUCGAGUUCGAAAUCAACACAUUGAAAGCAUUGAAGUGUCGUUGGCUACACCCGGUGGUUCCUUGUUGGUCUUAUCCCCAGGCAAAACCAUCAUCACCCUUGGUUUUCAACAAGUAUAAAAGAGCCCGUGUAUUAUGGAAACAUCACAACUAAAACAAACAACAUGUUAGGAGGAUCGCUGACGCGUUAUCAUACCCCCACCAUGCAUGGGAGUGGUUUUAUGCAAGAAUUGGUAAAAUUAGCUGGACCAAGUGUAGUGGGUUCGAUUGGGCACGGAGUACAUGCUUAUGAAAAAGGUGCGUCAGCCUCCGAAGCCUUAAAAGGUUCAGGAGAAGGCUUAAAAAGAGGACUAAAACGUAAAAUACCGGCGGUUAUUGGUCUUGCGGUUAAAACCAAAGCCAAACAAACCUAUAAAAAGAAACGACAACGUGUUAAAGACAUUUUAGGUGUGUAAAACAUGCGGCGAGGACAAAAAUCACAAUCUCACAUAAGCCAUCAACGAUCAGUGGGUUGUUACCAUUCUCCCUAUCAACGCGGAGGCACUAAUUUUAGACAACCUACCAACCCAUGGGGAUCCACUACCUAUAAACCAUUAGAUCCAAUGAUUCUUCGUUCUUUAAGAAAACAAAAAGGAGGGAAAGUACAUCCAGUCAUCUACCCUUGGAAAAACAAAGGACGGAAACGUAUAAGUAGACGACGCAGACGACGUUGAGCUAUCAGUUCAUCAACAUGUCACUGAAUCUGUUUGACAUUCCCAACAUUGAGUAUAGGUAUGAAGCCAAACGGUGGAUUCCUUUCAAACCAGCUAAUACUGGAACACGUCCUAUUCUUUUUACUGUACCGGCAGGGGAUGAUUAUUAUGAUUUGAAGGAAACCAAGCUAGAAAUCAAAGUGUGUAUGAACACCACAGGGACAGGAGGACUUUCCAAUGAUGAAACAGGGGCUUCGGAUGGUAAUGAUACCAAAUAUGUCUAUUGCGUCAACAAUUUUGGUCAUUCUCUCUUUAAUCAAAUGAAUGUGUCUUUCAAUGGAGUGUUGAUGACAGAACAAAGCAAUGCCUAUCACCAGAAAGCUUACCUAGAAACCUUACAGAAUUUUAAUCGCCAAGAAGGAGAAACGACCUUGACAGCUCAAGGAUGGGUGAAUGAACUCAAUGUCCUUGAAGAAUUAACCCCUACCAAUGCAGGCACUAAUGAUAAACCCAACCCCAAUGACUGGAGUGGAAAAACAGGCUUGAAAGCACUCACCAGUCGCUUACUCGGCAAAGCGUAUCAUACCUUUAUCAUCAAACCCCACGUCGCGGUGUUCAAAACAGGCAAAUGUUUGGUUCCUAACGUGCAGAUUGAUUUGGAAUUGUAUUUGAAUGACAGCAACAUGUUUCUGUUUGGUACCCCAGACACGACUACGACUGUCAACAAAAAGAUUCCAACACUGGGAGACAAUGAUUUGUUUGUCACUCUGUGGAUGAAAAAAGUCACUCUCAAUGCCUCUGUGUAUUCCAGGCUACAAAAAGAAAGAAGUUUGAGUAAAACCAAAAAAGUCCGCUACUGCUGUAGUUCGAAGUGA